AUGCGGUUUCUGCUGUUCCUGGUCUUAUUCUGCGCCCUAGCGAUCGGCUAUUUGUGGGAUACGGACGAUGCGGAUGAGGAAUUCCGCGGCUACGAUCCGACGCUUCCGGACGGGGGAUGGAUGGAUGAUGUCGGCUUCCUGGCGCUGGUGAUGCUCAUCUGCGGUUUCUUGUGCGUCAUGUUCAUCGUCGGGUGCAUUGUGGCUUGUGUUCGCAGCUGCAAAGAUGCCGUUAAUCCACAGCCCGAGGCUGCCUAUACUCCAGCGGCGCCGGCGACUUCGCAGCGUUCAGUGGCUCCAAUGGCUCAGCAGCCGCCGCCGCCGCCAUAUGUCCAAGCAGGUCAGAACUUGCUCCAG